AUGGGGGCUCAUAAGCCAGAGCGGAAGCCAAGUUCCUUGCUUUCUAUCAUGCGCAACGCAUUGGGAACGCUUGGUAAGGAGUCUGAGAGCACAUGUGGUGUCAGCUGCGGCAUACACAGCGAUCCGAUUCCUGGAGGGUUUCGCAAAAAAACAUCUUCCCUCUCGAGAAGACGUCGGUGCUGCUGCGUAUCUCUCGAUGGCAGAUUUUCUUCGCACGGGAAUGUGGUAACUGUCAAUGAUGCUGGAAAAAUUUCUGCCAGCGGGGCUGAUGCACCGGUUGGUGCGUGUUGUUGUAACCGUUUCAACCUCCCCCAGUUGUCAAUUCCCAGGUUUGCUCCACCAACCUUUGGGACGUCCUCAGGAGAAAGUCAAUGGGGCUCCACAGACGAAGAGGGGCGUGGGGCACGUGCGAUACGUGACCCGGCCUCGAAGCUGACAGUCAGGGAGGGAAAGGGGGUACUCUUGGAGAACUGGCUGCGUGAGCAGCACAGAAUUGGGACAACAAGCAGUUAA